AAAAAACAAACAAGAAAGCAGUUUAUCGUUUUUAUUCUCUAAAUUAACUUUCCUCAAAGCUUUCCUUAGGUAAAUAUUGUGAAGUAAAUAAAAUGAAGUGUGUAAUUGAAGGCAAUGGCAUUAAAGUUUUUGGAAAAGCAGUUCAUGCUCUGUCAAGAAUUGGUGAUGAGAUAUGGUUGGAUCCACUGGAGAAAGGGUUGGCUGUAAGGACAGUGAACUCAUCUCAAUCGGCUUAUGCCUGUUUCUGCUUCACUCCUCUGUUCUUCCAGCAAUAUAUUCCAGAACCAGACAUUCAGAAAGACUGUGAAGCAGUAAAAUGCAAGUUAAACAUUAAGUGUGUACUUCCCCUGUUCCGCUGUGCAUCAUGGAGAGAGCGCAGUGUGGACAAAUGUGAGAUAUCCAUCAACAUCCCAAAUAGCAGGGUGAUAUUUCAGUUUCACUGCAGACACGGAAUAACAAAGACCUAUAAUUUGGGGUAUCAGGAAUGUGAAGCUUUGCAGGCCGUGUUCCCAGCUCACCUCUGUCCAAAUGUCCUAAUGGCCCAGUCCAAACUUUUAGGUGACAUUGUGGUGCAUUUUCCGGUUUCCCAAGAAGAGGUCACUCUUUCCAUUUCCUCUUUUAAAGUAACCUUGAAGACCUUUUGUGAGGAUGAAAAUAACUGUAUCAGAGGCAUGAACACCGAGCUGAUGCUGCACGCAGAUGAGUUUGACUAUUUUCAGGUUGGAGAGGAUUCAGCUGUGACCUUCUGCCUCAAAGAACUGAGGGGGCUGCUGUCCUUUGCUGAGUCUUAUGGCCUAUCAGUAUCUAGUCAGUUUGGUGUGGCUGGACAGCCUGUAUUCUUCUCUGUAAAAGACAUGACGCUGGAGGCCCAUGUUGUGUUGUCCACCUUAACGGAUCCAAACCACAAGAGCCCAUCUCAGCCUGUACCUGGGGAGGAUUGUCCUGUCGACGUCCCCAAGAUCUCCACAGCAGAAGUCUCCACAUGUGAAGGCCCUAUGGAGACAGAGGUGUGCGUCGAUGAUGGGGAACAGGUGGCUUCCAGUCAGGGCAGUGAAGUUUUUAAUCCAACCCCUCAUAUGAGGAAGAUGUUUCAGCUUCAGACACCUGGAGAGAUGCUGCCAAGACCCAGACUGGCACCUGAAUCGACUUUGACUACACCAGUAACACCAGCCACUUUCAAGAUCCGCUCGCUGCUCUUUGGGGCUGUAUACACUGAUGUAGUAGACAGUAAAAGUGUGGAUUUACCCAGCCUGGCAUGUUCCAGUGACACAGAAGAGUGACUCGAGUAACAACGUAAUCUAACCUCACACAGGUAACACCUACUGCAAGAAUGCAUGGACUUUACAACACGAUGUAGCCUACAGUAACUCAGUAGAUUAUAAAGACAACCCACAGUGUGUUAACACAGUUCUUCCGUUUAAGGUUAAUAUGAUUUAAAAUUUGAUGUUUUUCUUAAAUAUUGCUGUCGAGGCCAUCACUAGGUCUUGUUAGGGCACAUCUUGUAUUACUUUGGUAAUGUAAGAAAGGUGUAAACCAGUUGUUUGCUUCUGUUUCUGUUCUACCACAAACAUCUUUGUAAUGUAAUUUUUUUUUAAUGAGUUAAAAAUGUUCUUGAAGAGGUAAAAGGAAAACUAUAAGACUGUAGUAAAGUAGGGCAGGUGGGGCACAAUCGCUUUCUGUUGCAUAGCUGAGGAGUGUCUACCUAAACACACAGUUCAGAUGAGUUCGGUUACUGUGGAGAAGAUAAAUCAAAACAGACACAUUCUUGAGGAUUGAAGGACUCCAUGUUCUGUGUGUCCACCGAUGACUCAGAGGAAGCUUUGACUCACUGCUGCUCGAGAAACUAACGUUAUAUAAGUCUGCAGCAAUAACUGCUAUUGUACGCAUACCUCACCACAUCCUCCAGAGAAAGCCUUGUGCUAUACAUGACCAUUGAACUGAAAUAUAUGUCAGUUAGAAGCUCGACAAAUCAGAUCAUGUCAGAGUUCAGCUGGACAGCCAUGCAAAACAGAUUAACUUCAUUUAGCAUCACUUUUAGAGGCAUUUUGUCAUUUCAGCUCUUAAUGUGAUGGUUAAAUCGAUUGCUGUUGCAUUAGUCCAUGCUCAUAAUGUUGGGGUCACAACCAUUGCUGCUGUUUUUGUUGACUGCUGACAUACAAAUUUCAUCUCCAGCCACUGGCGAUUGUAAUGUGAUCAGUAUUUUAGGCUCUCAUGCCUUUUUGUCACAAUUUACACCUCAUUUGAGCAUUAAAUGUAAGUUAGUUACACUAUAAAAUGUUUACCGGCAUGAUGCAUGUAAAAUUGCAAAAAAGAAAAGAAAAAAAAGAAUGGAAGCAUUAAAGCGUGUCAAUUUGUCACUUUCUUUUCUCUUUUCUCUUGUAUUCAUCCCCAUGAUAUCCAAGAUGUAAAUGAGUUUGUUUC